AUGGAUACGGAAGAAGUUUGGGAUGGACAAGAAGUUUGUAAUGGAGAAGAAUCUACUAAAUAUGGAGAAGAAAUUAAGGAAGAAGAAAAUGAAGUUAAGGAAGCAGAAGAAGAAGUUCAGGAGGAUGGAGAAGAAGUUAGGGAAGGAGAAAAAGUUAAGAAUGAAGAACAAGUUAGGGAAGGAGAAGAAGUUCAGGAUAGAGAAAUAGUUUGGGAUGGGGAAGAAGUGAAUGAAGGAGAAGAAGUUAAGGAAGAAGAAGAUGUUUUGGAUGGAGAAGAAUUUAAGGGUAAAGAUGAAAGCAUGGAUGGGGAAGAAGUUUGGGAUGGAGAAGAAGUUAAGGAGGGAGAAAUGAUUAUGGAUGGAGAAGAAGUUAAGGAAGGAGAAGAAAUUAGGAAUGACGAAGAAAUUAGAGAAGGAGAAGAAGUUAAGGAUGGAGAAAUAGUUUGGGAUUGGGAAGAAGGGAAGGAAGGAGAAGAAGUUAAGGAAGACGAAGAAGUUUUGAAUGGAGAAGAAGUUAAAGGUAAAGAAGAAAGCAUGGAUGGGGAAGAAGUUUGGGAUGGAGAAGAAGUUAAGGAGGGAGAAAUGAUUAUGGAUGGAGAAGUAGUUAAGGAAGGAGAAGAAAUUAGGGAUGACGAAGAAAGUAAGGAUGGAGAAAAAGUUAUGGAUGAAGAAGAUGUUAAGGAAGAAGGAGAAGAAAUUAAGGAAGGAGAAGAUGUUAGGGAAAGAGAAGAAGUUUGGGAUGGAGAAGAAGUUAAGGAUGGAGACGAAGUUUGGGAUGGAGAUGAAGUUUGGGAUAGGAGAAAUAUCUACUAA